CCAGGAAGUGCCAGCUGAUAUAAACAAGAUUGAUUGCCAUGGCUACGGCGGCAUGGUAUCAUCGUGACAUCAGCCGUGUGCAUGCAGAGGACUUGCUGGCACGGGCAGGGAGGGAUGGCAGCUACCUAGUGAGAGACAGUGAAUCUGUGCCAGGAGCCUAUGCCUUGUGCCUACUGUUCCAACGUCAUGUUCACACCUAUCGUAUUCUUCCUGAUGCAGACGGCCUCCUAGCAGUCCAGACAACACAGGGAGUACAGGUGAACUGUUUCCGGACACUGGAGGACCUGGUUUUGGGGUACCAGCAUCCCCACAAAGGCCUGGUCACUCCUCUGCUCUACCCUGUUCCCCGUGAUACCGACACCGGGGAUGAGAGCUCAGAUGAUGAGAAGCCGCCUCCAGGUCUAGCUUCUGUCAACAUGGUGCCUGUCACAGCACCACCAACCAAACCAGCCCCUCAUGCCCCAUUCCUGGAUAUGUUACAGGAACUGAACACAUCCGGUACUGCAGGUGAGGUGAUUGGUCUGCUCAACGACUACCUCUUCAGCGAGCUGCCUCUCGACAUUGAGAAUGUGCAUAAAGGAGCAACGACUCUCUGCCACCUCAAGCGCACUCUGGGUACUGCCUGCCAAGGCCUAAACAGUGAGAUUGACAUGACUCUCUCAAGUCUGGAAACCCUGGCCAAGGUCUUUGACCAUCCUAGCUGCUCUUUAUCACACACAAAGACACAGGGUCCGGAGAUGGAGAUAGACACCUUGUUGUGUAAGAUUUCAGCAUUGGUCAGCCUCCUAUCAUCACUCGAGAAAAGGGUAUUAAAAGCGCUACAAGAUGCAGUGACCAAUCACAAUCUGGCAGUGCAGCCUAACCCACCUCCUCCUGAACCAGCGCCCACCAAUGCAACUUCUGUCAAGAACCAUGCCCGGCAUCUGCCAGUUCACUCCUUUCAGGUGAAGAUGGUACGCUACGGCAGACAGACUGUUUCAGUGGAUGUGGAUGUAGGAGUGGUGCUCUUUGAUAGGAAGGCUGCCUCUUUCGGCGUAGAGAGGGUCUCACAUGACAGAAUCCUUCAGAUUGUCAAGUUUCAGAGUAGUCCAGCUAAGGUCCGCAUGGUGGUCGACAGCCACCACAGCACACCACGGGAGAUGACGUUUGAGAGUGCACGGAAACGUGAUGCCUUCUGCCAUCUCCUCCAGUUGAUGAAAACCAGGCACUCUCAGCUGAGUGAACCUGACCUCAUCUCUGUUUUCGUUGGCACCUGGAAUAUGGGCAGUUCACCUCCUCCUCGCAGCCUGCAGUCAUGGGUAACCUGUUGUGGUUUGGGACACACUCCUGAUGAGUCCAUCGCCUUGCUGCCCCAUGACAUCUAUGCCUUGGGUACUCAAGAAAACCCUCAAGGGGAGAAAGAGUGGACUGAACAUAUCAAAGCAACCCUUCGCAGCUAUACUCACAUUGACUUCAAACAAGUGGCAGUGCAGUCCCUCUGGAAUAUGAGGCUGGCUGUGUUUGUGAAGCUGGAGCACGAGAGUCGCAUCAGCCAUGUGAACACUGCCAGUGUGAAGACUGGUUUGGGCAACACUUUGGGAAACAAGGGAGCAGUUGGCAUCUCCUUUCUCUUUAACGGAACCUCUUUUGGGUUUGUUAACUGCCACCUGACCUCUGGAAGUGAGAAAGUGCUUAGGAGGAACCAGAACUUUAUUGACAUCCUCAGACUGCUUUCUCUGGGCGACAAACAGCUUGGCGCCUUUGACAUCAGCCUGCGCUUCACUCACCUCUUCUGGUGUGGAGACCUCAACUACAGGCUGGACUUGGACGUACAGGACAUUCUCAAACACGUAUCUAAGAGGGAGUUCGAGGAGCUCAUGUGUGCAGACCAGCUAACCCGAGAGAGACACAAGAGGAAGGCCUUUCUCCAUUUUAAGGAAGAGAAAAUUACAUUUCCACCCACCUACCGGUAUGAACGGGGCUCCAGAGACUGCUAUCUAUGGCAAAAGUACAAGACUUCAGGGGUGCGAGUCAAUGUUCCAUCGUGGUGUGAUAGGAUUUUGUGGAAGUCCUACCCAGACACACACAUUAUUUGCACGGCAUACGGUUGCACAGAUGACAUCUUCACAAGUGAUCACUCACCUGUUUUUGCCACUUUUCAAGUGGGAGUGACAUCACAGUUCAGCACAAAAACAGAUCCAAAUUCAGGCAUUGAGAGGGCCUGGAUAGAGCUUGAAGGCAUUGAGGCCAUUGUGAAGACAGCCAGCAAAGCAAAGUUCUUCAUUGAGUUUUAUUCGUCUUGCCUAGAAGAGACACGCCGCUCGAGUGAGAAUGACUCACAGAGCUGUGAUGUUCCCGGGUUUCUCAAACAAGCCUGGUCCUUCAAACAACUGCCAAAGCUUCUUCCAAUCAAGUCUGACAUGGAGUAUCUCCAGGAUCAGCACCUGCUGCUGUCUGUCAAGUCAUGUGAUGGAUUUGAGUCAUACGGUGAAUGCUGUGUGGCUCUCCGCUCACUUAAUGGUGCAUCGGAGCAAUUUGAGACAUUUCUGAGUCAUCGGGGUGAGGAAAUGGGCUCCAUAAGAGGACGGGUCCGCAUCCAUGUGCCCAAAGAUCGACGAGGAACUCGGGAGAAAAUCUAUGAGUGGUUCUGUUUUGAGAAAGACGAUAAAGCUCCCGUAAGAGGACACAUGUCUCCUGUAUCUACACGGGUCCCGAUGAACAGGUCUUCAGCAGCUCCUCCCAAACUAACCCCAAGCAGCUACACCAAUCCUGCCUACUUCAUUUUCGAAGGUGUGUCAGUGGCACGCAAAGUGGAGGAGGCUCUCCCCCAGCGAAGGGACUCUCAGGUGAUCUGGUCUGGAAAUGAGGCUUUGCAGCUCCCAAAACUCUCAGGACGACAUGGCUUUGACAGGAGACCUAGCCGCAGAUCAGACUUUACAGAAAUUGAAAUUCCAGCCAUCCUGCCCCAGUGUACUCCAACCAAUGAACUUCAUUCAUCCCAAACCAACUCUUAUCAGCUUUUCCCAGCCAAAAACCCAUCUCCCAUACCUCCACCUUCAAGUAACGCCAUCACACAGUACCAGGAACAGACUACACAACCUAGAGACAAAUACCAUGGUAAAAAUAUUGUCCAGGACUCCAUACUGCCAGAGAAGAACCUGAGGAACUUGUACAUGAAUCACUCAGCAAUCAUCAGGGAAAAGAACAGAAGGGACCAGCUUCCUCCAGAAAGGUCGAAUCCUACCCGGACUGCCAAAACGCCAUCAGUUUUCCCCUACACGCCCACUCCCAUAGCACAAUGCCAGGCCUCUGUUCCCUGGAUAGUGGGUCAGCAAUCCCCUGGGCCUACAGGAGACAACUCCCUCACUGCUUUGCAAAUUGCCAAGUCCCUCAGUGAGGUCGACUUCUUCCCCACAGAGCAGAGAAGUCAACCCAUACCCAACCAGAGGUCAAACUAUAGGAAUGGCCCCACCAUGCAUGGAGAGAGGAGCUAUGGCUGGGAGAAAGAGGUGUCUGUCCUGCAAGGUGCACCAGAGACCGUCCGGGAGCUUCUCAGUACACUAGGUCUGCAGAAAUACACCUUAGGACUCAGCCUCAAUGGUUGGGAUGAUCUGGAUUACUUCAGUGGCAUCACAGAGGAGGAUCUACGCGCUGCAGGAGUGACAAACCCUUCACACCGACGCAGGAUCCUCGAGAACCUGCCCAGGAACUGGAACUGACGUACAUGGAUGAAAAGAGUGGAUAUUAGGAGGCCUCACUGUCACCUGAACUAGAACUGGAAGAACUAUAAUCAGAUCACAUCAGCUUUAUUUUUGCCAAAGGCCUAACAUCCUUUCAUUUACUCGAUCAAUACUGUAACAAUAGUGUGUCUGUGUCAACACAGCAAAGGGAAUGUAAUGCAGGAAG